AUGACGGCCUCUGAUAAACCUUGGACGAUUAUCGUUGGAGCCGGACCGAGUGGUCUGCUUCUCGGGUUGAUGCUAGCGAAGCAGGGCGUCAGUGUCCAUAUCCUCGAAGCAUCGUCUGAACUUGAUGACUCUCCUCGGGCAGCAUAUUAUGGUCCUCCUGCCGCAUACGUGCUACGGCGCGCUGGUGUGAUUGAUGAGAUUCGAGCGGAGGGUUUCGACCCGUCCGUGACAAGUUGGCGGAAGCUUGACGGGACUGUUUUGGCCGGCCUCGAUAACAGUUACCUUCACGACUAUCCAGACCGGAUAGCAUGUCUCCCACUGGCUCAGCUCGAUCGGCUGCUGUACAGGCAUGCCGUUGUGCAGCCCACGCUGAAAAUCUCAUUCGAACACAAAGUGGUCGACAUUGGCCAGGACGCAGACAAGGCCUGGGUGGACGUCGAGACCCCUGGAGGCCAAAAGCGCUUGGAGGCGACUUACGUUGUUGGCUGUGACGGUGCUUCCAGUGUCGUGCGGCGGUGUCUGUACGGAAAGGAAUUCCCUGGUUACACCUGGGAUAAGCAGAUUGUGGCCACAAAUGUUGCGUACCCAUUCGAAAAAUAUGGCUAUGAUGAUGCAAACUUCUUUAUCCAUCCUGAACACUGGCACAUGGUUGCUCGUCUUACCAAGAACGAGGAUGGCAGCGGGUGGUGGCGCGUUAGCUAUGGCGAGAUCAAUGGUCUUAGCCGAGAGGAGCUCAUUGCACGACAACCCAUGAAAUUCGAGGCCAUGUUGCCUGGACACCCCAAACCUGGCGAUUAUGAGCUCGCUGCUAUCAGCCCAUACAAGAUCCACCAAAGGAUCGUAGACAAGAUGAGAGUGGGAAGAUUUGUGCUUGCAGCUGACGCGGCACAUCUAAACAACCCUUUCGGAGGCCUUGGACUUACGGGCGGUCUGACAGACAUCGGAGGCCUGUAUGACUGUUUGAUCGGUAUCUACGAAGGCAACGCAGACGAGAGCAUCCUGGACAAAUAUUCCGAGAUGCGCCGACAGCGAUUCAAGACUGUCACAGAUCCCAUCUCUACCGAGAACAUCAAGAGAUUGUACGACCAGGAUCCGGACAAGGCACUUGAUAAUGAUGACUUUCUGAAGCUGCUGAAGAGUAUGGAGAAUGACCGAGAAAAGCAGGUCGAGUUCAUGAAGGGGCCUAUGGCUCUUUCGUAUGACUUUACCCAGCACUACAAGACGUCGGAGGGUACGACGACGGAGACGAAGAACGGCGUGGUGUCUAGCGUGGUACAGAUUCCGGCCGUAGGUGCAGAUGGUUAG